AUGAAACAAAAAAAGGAGAUCGUUGCUGUUUUCAACGACGACGAGGUCUCCUCUCUCCUCCUCUAUAUUACAAGUUCAUCUCCUCUUUUCCCAGAUCAUCAUCAUCAUCGUUAUCAUCAUCAUUCUCUGUCUCUCUUUAGAUUUUUGGUAUCAGAUUCAAGAUCCUCUGUUUUAAUUUCGAUAAUGGCAACGGGAAAUAAAGGGAGACAAUUGCCAAAAUUUGGGGACUGGGACGCGAGUGAUCCAGCUUCAGCACAAGGAUUCACUGUAAUUUUCAACAAUGCUCGUGACGACAAGAAGACGAAGAAAACCGCUGUCGCAGGACCUGAGAGUCUUGUUUCACCGGCUCCGAUAAACGAUCAACCUCGUCAGAACAACAACCAUCAUCAUAACAACCGUAAAUCCCAAACACCACAGGCAAAAGUACCU